UGCGGUUGAUAGACAUGUUGCCAACAACAGCCGCUAUGGAGCCUGCUGUAUGUCAAGCACGACCAUAGUCUCGACGAGGCUGCGUGUCCAUCAUGCUGAUCACGAACAUAUGAGUGAGGUGGACUUUACCUCAUCUGACAUGCGAGUAGCCGGUAGUACGGACACGGUCCUGCGUAGUCUGCUAGGCCUCAGCCGGAGCAGUGGAAUUGUCAGGAGCAACCACUUGAGCUAAGCGCUAUACCCGAUAUUUCUCGAACGAGGCAGGAAGACGGUCUGUACGGCGCUCAACCAAUGGCAAG